GAUCCUUCCUGUCUGUAGAAUUCAAAGGAUGGUUUUCCGCCCCACACAGAGCAAGUGUUGUAACAAGCACCGUUAUGUAACAAGCACCGUUUCGGGUGGCGAGACGGGCGGGGACCGUGACGUGAAAGGAUUGCGCCUUUUCCAAUCAACAUUGCCAGGAAGCGCCUUAUUCAGACAAAUUUUAAACCCAGCGGGACACAUCCUGCCGUCUGUAGAAUUCAAGGGAUGUUAUGCCGCCCUGCGCCGUGCAAGGUGCUAUUUCAAACACCUAUACGGGGGAUGAGACUAGGCGGGGUCGUGACGAAGCAAUCUGUAAACAAUGCUGAGGAGAUGGUCGAUUAUGCUAGUGUACAGCUGUCGCGACAUCCUGGCCUAGUAAACAUGUCGCUGGCGGGGUUUAACGAUCGGACGAUGUGGCUAUUGUUUCGGCUACCUGGGGGUACCUGCGUGAAUCCCGCCCUCACUUCAAACGUUUGCUAUAAGGCGUCCGGUGGACACCCCUUUCAGAGACACAGGCGGCUUAAACGUGCAUCAUGUCCGGAGGUCGUUCUUCAUCUGUUGCAGCAGCCCAGGUCCAUAAUGCGGGAUUGACGUCGACCCAGGAGUUCAACGAGAUUUUCGCUGCGCCAACAACUGCUGAACUACAAGACCUAGAUUUUACACUAACGGAUAUUGAUCUUACCGACAAAGGGUUAAUUGACGAGCGUUACGGUUGUCCGAACCAGCCAAAUCAGAAUGACUUCCACAAAGAGCUAGCGGUGAUACAGCCUGGAUCGAGCAGAACGCAAACGUCCCGCGCUGAAAGAUUGUGUCCGAAGCCAUUCAACCCAAGUGUGUUCCACGGAGAGCUAGCGGUGACACAGCCUGGAUCGAGCAGAACGCAAACGCCCAGUGAAGCAAGAUUGUGUCCGAAGCCAGUCAAACUAAGUGUGUUCCACGGAGAGCUAGCGGUGACACAGCCUGGAUCGAGCACAACGCAAACGCCCCGUAAAGGAAGAUUGAGUUUAGCUAAAAGGAGGCUCCCAGCAGAAAUAGCUGCUCAGAACACAUCAACACCAAAGCGGCAGAGGACUGAAGAACAUAACGGGUCAGUUGUUGUAAUAAGUUCUCCAGAGACAUCAGAGCACCACGAUCGCUUCCCCGAGGAAGCUCCCCGGCUCACCACGUCACACGGCCUCCCUCGAAACGUUAAUCAGGGGACAACGCUUCCUGCAGCACUAACACCCCACCGUGACAUUGUUGCUCAAGCACUCUUUACGGCUGGAAUACAGCCUCAUCCCGAUACAUUUGGCCAGACGGACGUAACAAUUCAGUCUGUACACGAGAAUAUUGACGCCGAGCUAAUAGCAGCAGCAGCAGAAGCGGAAACGGCAGCAUCAGAAGCAUCAGCACAUGAUCGGUCUCGUCCUGCCUCAUCUGCUCAGCACCCUGUAGCACAGGUCAUCCGCCGUGACGCAGGAAAACACAAGAAGAGGCGGAGUCUCAGAAGCCUGUGUUCGUCAGUCCUGAGAGUUCAGCAAAACUUCAAGCAGUUAAUCAUCAAAGCGGAUGCGGCUGGUCCAAUUAUUGAUGCCGCUGCAUGGGCAGUAACGCAUAUGCCAGUUGCUACGGGACGUCAAGCUGCCCUCUACCGCCGGAAAACUGCUGCGCUUCUGAAUUACUGCGAGACUCUGAUGGUUGAACUGGUUGACCCGACGAUGCCAGUACCGUUAACCAGCUAAGUUGUAACCUGUUU